UUUCUCCGCUGAACUAACGGACGGCUCGUGUCUCCGAGCAGAAGGGCGCGUCAUGGCUUUGUUUCUGCUUCUGGUUUGUCUCCGUGUGGACGGUGGUCAGUCUGCGCUCCGGGGGCGCGGGGACGUGUUCACGAACCACUGGGCGGUUCGGAUCUUUGGUGGUCCGGAGAGAGCCGACACGAUCGCAGUAAAGUAUGGCUACAGAAACCUGGGACAGAUAGGCAGGCUGGAGGAUCAUUACCAUUUUCACCACAGCAGAGUGGUUCGCAGGGCUGCCUUCUCUUUGAAAGGACCCCACAGCUUCAUCCAUAUGGAUCCCAAGGUGGACUGGGCCCAACAGCAGGUAGUGAAGCCCAGAGAGAAACGCUCCGUCCAAAGUGAUCCAAACGUCACUUACUUCAAUGACCCUAAAUGGUCCAACAUGUGGUACAUUCACUGCAAUGACAAGAACAGCCGGUGUCGCUCAGAGAUGAACAUUCUGGCUGCCUGGCAAAGAGGAUACACAGGCAGAAACGUGGUGGUCACCAUACUGGACGACGGCAUAGAGAGGAACCACCCUGAUCUCUCUCAGAACUUUGACCAUCUUGCGAGCUUUGACGUGAAUGGGAAUGACUACGAUCCUACUCCACGUUAUGAUUCCCGCAAUGAAAACAUACAUGGGACUCGGUGUGCUGGUGAAGUGGCAGCGGCAGCCAACAACUCCCACUGCAUCGUUGGAGUUGCCUACAACGCUCGCAUUGGAGGGAUUCGAAUGCUGGAUGGUGAUGUGACUGACAUAGUGGAGGCCAAGUCUUUGGGAAUUCGACCUGACUACAUCCACAUCUACAGUGCCAGCUGGGGACCAAAAGAUGACGGCAGGACAGUAGAUGGCCCGGGGCCUUUAACUAAGCAGGCUUUUGAGCAAGGCAUCAGGAAGGGCCGCAAAGGCCUGGGGUCCAUAUUUGUCUGGGCAGCAGGUAAUGGAGGUCAGCAGGAUGAUCACUGUUCAUGUGAUGGUUACACCAGCAGCAUCUACACCAUCUCUGUCUCGAGCACCACAGAGAAUGGAAAUAAGCCCUGGUACCUAGAGAUGUGUAGCUCCAUCAUGGCCACAACCUACAGCAGUGGAGAGUUUCACGAGCGGAAGAUCGUUACCACUGAUAUCUGGCAUCGCUGCACUGAGGGUCAUACAGGCACUUCUGUCUCUGCUCCCAUUGUGGCUGGAAUCAUAGCUCUCGCUCUGGAGGCAAACCUUUUACUCACAUGGAGGGACGUACAGCACCUGUUAGUGAAGACAUCCAGACCUGCCCACCUUAAAGCUGAUGACUGGAAGACCAAUGCUGCUGGACACAAAGUCAGCCACCUGUAUGGUUUUGGCCUGGUGGACGCAGAUGCUAUGGUGCUGGAGGCAACGAAGUGGAGGACCGUUCCUCCUCAGCACACCUGCAGUCAGAUGCCUGCACGCCAAACCAGGCACAUCCAUGCCGGUCAGAGCCUGAACAGCAGUGUUACCGUCUCUGGAUGCUCGGAGGAACCAGAGCAGCAUGUGGAUUACCUUGAGCAUGUGGUGGUCAGGGUGUUUAUUGUUCACCCACGACGGGGGGACCUGAAGAUCAACCUCAUCUCUCCAUCGGGCACAAGAACACAGCUUCUGGCCAGAAGAUUAUUUGACAGCUCCAAAGAGGGCUUCAGGGACUGGGAGUUCAUGACUGUUCAUUUUUGGGGUGAGAGGUCAGAGGGCAGAUGGACACUGGAGAUUACCGACUCCCCUUCAAAGCUGCGUAACCCUGAGGUGCUGGGCAGCCUUAAAGAAUGGACUUUGAUCCUUUAUGGCACAUCUCAAAACCUGUACCAGCAGCACUCUGUUCAAAACUCCUUCUCAAAAAAGUUGGAGAACCCUGGAUCAGAGGACCUGGAAGAGCCAGAGGUCCAAGAGGAAGAGGAGGAGGAGUACAGGGGGCCAUGCCACAGUGAGUGUGGAAACCAGGGCUGUGAUGGACCCGACACUGAACACUGUCUCAACUGCAUUCACUUCAGUCUGGGCAGCUUAAAAAGUGGCAGAACCUGCGUAAGUCACUGUCCUCUGGGACACUACGAGAUCCUGUUGUCUCGUCGGUGUGGGCGCUGCUAUAAAGGCUGUGAGAGGUGUGUUGGCCCACUUCCUGGUGACUGUCUCUCCUGCAGAACAGGCCUGUACCUCAGCACGCUCAACUCUAGCUGCACCAACACCUGCCCCCCGACUUACUUUGCAGACGAGACUCAGAGACGGUGUGUGAAGUGUCAUGACACCUGUGUUACGUGUCAGCGACAGGCCGACAAAUGUACUGCCUGCAGCGAAGGCUACCGUCUUGCAGGGAUGACUUGUGUUCCCGAAUGCAGCAACAGAACCUUUUUCCAUCUGGAAGAGAUGUCCUGCAGCCCUUGUCAUUCGUCUUGUAAGACUUGCACAGGGCCGGGUGAGGAGGAGUGCAUCCAGUGUGCCGAGGGCUUCCUGCAGCAGGAGUGGAGAUGUGUGCAGGCCUGUGCUCCUGGAUACUACUCUGAAAAAACAGCAGGACUUCCUCAUAAGAUUUGUCACAGCAUGUUUCUCAUUAAGCUGCUUCUUUUCUCCUCCUGUCUAUCAGCUGAUGAGGUGUUCUGUGAGAUGGUGAAGUCCAACCGUCUGUGUGAAAAGAAGUUUUACCAGCAGUUCUGCUGCCGCACCUGCCUGAUGAACGGAUGA